CAGACGACGAUGCAGCAGCCAGCGACCAAGCGAGCCAAGCACGGCGCCAGUGCUGCGGCCACAGCUGUCACGCACCGUGCUCCUGCCUACGGGUACAUUCCUGAUGUGCUGAAGACGCUGGCACAGAAGGUGGUGCGUGCAUUCUACGAUGAGGUGGCCGUGGUUGUGAUGGACAUGCUGGUGCGUCACGCGUGCGUUAAGGAGGACGAUAUCCGCGAGACGCUGCAGCUGCAGAUGCGCGUGAUCAAGACCGCGCUGUCCGCCUUGGAAGGCGACCGCCUCGUCAAGCAGAUGGACGUCGACGAUCCAACCAUCAGCAUCGAUGAGCGCAAACGGAAGGCCAAAUACUGGUACAUCGACUACGAAGCCGUUGUGUUUGUGGUGAAGUACAAGCUGGAUCGCAUUUGGCACCAGAUCAACAUCGACGCAAAGAACAAACUGAGCAGCACGGUGUGCGAGUGUCCGGAGUGCGAGGCGCAGUUCUCGGACAUGGACCUGUCUGAACUGUUUGACGGCGCGUCGGGCCAGUUCUGGUGCCGGUACUGCCACGUGGAGCUCGUGCAGAAGGUCGACCACACCGCUGCUGAGCUCAACAGCGUCAUGACAAAGAUGAACACUCAAACCCGCGUGUUUACGGAUCUAUUGCAGCAGGUUGACGAAAUUGUCCUGAGCGAGACCGUCCUCAAGCCACGACCAGCACACAUGAGUGUUGCCCGCAUGCGUGCGUCACAGCUCAACGUCUCCCGGUCCCUUCCGCAGCACGCGCGGCCAAAGCUCCACACCAAGUUGUACCAGUCGACCAAUCCGUUUGAGGAGACGUACAGCAUUCGCAUUGUUCCGCCCGGCGCAAAGCGCAAGAAGUACAAGCCGCAGCCGCUGUGGACGCGGGGCACGACGGUGCUGCUGGACGCCGUGUUUGGCCGGAGCAGAGACGCGCUGGCCGGCACCGUCGGCGUAAACGGCACCCGUGGCACCGGUGGUCGUGGUGUUGGUGAUGGUGGUGUUGGUGGUGGUGGCCGUGGGUUUGGGGCAGAGGAUGGUGGCCUUGGGCAGGUGUUGAUGAUGGGGUUUGAAGACGAGGAUGACGAUGAUGAGGCUGAGGACGACGCGGUGGCGGCGGCGGACGACGCGGGGCCAGCGGGGACGGGGGCUGAUGGGGGUGGCGGUGUGCGCGGGGAGGACUUGGUGCACGACCGGUUCUGGGAGGUGGUGGAUGUGGAGCCGUCCCAGGAGACGCUGGCGCUGGUGAGCGAUGAGAGCAGCGACGACGAAGGCAGCCGUGGUGGCGACGACGAUAGCGGCGAGCACAGCAGUGCCGAGGUCACGGGGAGCCAGAGCACGGCGCGGGGUGGCGGUGGCGGUGGUGGUGGCGCGAAUGGCGCGAGCGAGGAUGGUGAUGAUGGCGACGACGAUGAUGAUGAUGAUGACGACGACGACGACGACGCUGACGAUGAUAAUAACGGCACAUGAUGUACUUGCCUGCGCGCACGUGUAUGUAUGUGUGUGCUGCAUGCACAUGCGUGCGGAUGGGUGGUGUAGUAGCUGAACCAGAGAGUGUUUUAAGUAAAGCAAAGCGAUCCAUGAACACGGAGGAGGAGGAAAGAACAAACGAG